AUGCAGAUUACAAAAACACAUGCCGUCAUGUUCGCCAGUCCAGGAAUGGGCCACAUCAUCCCGAUGAUCGAGCUCGGAAAACGCUUAGCUGUAUCUCACGGCUUCCACGUCACCAUCUUUCUCCUUGAAGCCGAAGCAGCCUCCGCUCAAUCUCAAUUCCUCAACUCACCAGGCUGCGACGCAAACCUCAUUGACGUCAUCGGACUCCCAACGCCGGACAUCUCCAGCUUAGUGGAACCAUCAAUCCAUUUUGGGAUCAAGAUCUUGAUCAUGAUGCGUGAGACCAUUCCAACCAUCCGAUCAAAGAUCAAGGAGAUGGAGCACAAACCAACGGCUCUGAUCGUAGACUUGUUCGGCUUGGACGCGUUAAAGCUCGGUGGUGAGUUCAACAUGUUGACUUACAUCUUCAUCGCCUCAAACGCGCGCUUUCUAGCGUUGAUUAUGUAUUUCCCAACGCUGGAGAAAGACGUCGAAGAAGAGCACAUAAUCAAGAAGAAACCCUUGGCUUUGCCUGGAUGUGAACCGGUCCGGUUUGAGGACACUCUUGAAACAUUCCUUGACCCCUCGGACGAGUUAUACCGGGUAUUUGUUCCUUACGGUUUAGUUUAUCCAACGGCUGAUGGCUUAAUUGUGAACACAUGGGAUGCUAUAGAGCCCAAGACUUUGAAAUCUUUUCAAGACCCAACGCUCUUGGGUCGGAUCGCUCGUAACCCGGUUUAUCCGGUUGGUCCUUUGACCAGACCGGUUGAUCCAUCGAAAACUAGUCAUCCGGUUUUGGAUUGGUUAAACAAACAACCGGUUGAGUCUGUACUUUACGUAUCAUUCGGAAGCGGCGGCUCUCUCUCGGCUAAACAGGUAACCGAAUUGGCUUGGGGGCUUGAGCUGAGUCAGCAACGGUUCGUUUGGGUGGUCAGACCGCCGGUAGACGGUUCAGCUUGCAGCGAGUAUUUCAAGGUUAACAGCGACGAACCACGAGACGGUACGCCGGAUUAUCUGCCGAAAGAGUUUGUUAGCAAGACUCAAGAAAGAGGUCUCGUGGUUUCUUCUUGGGCCCCGCAAGCUGAGAUCCUAGCCCACAAAGCCGUGAGUGGGUUUUUGACUCAUUGCGGUUGGAAUUCGAUCAUUGAGAGCGUUGUUAGCGGCGUUCCGAUGAUCGCUUGGCCGCUUUUCGCGGAGCAGAUGAUGAACGCGACGCUGCUCAACGAGGAGCUAGGAAUCGCGGUCAGGGCAGAGAAACUGCCGUCGGAAGAAGUGAUAUCGAGGGAGGAGAUCAAAGCGUUGGUGAGAAGGAUUAUGGUGGAGGAGGAAGGUUGCGAGAUGAGAGAGAAGGUGAAUAAGUUGAGGGAAACGGCGGAGAUGUCGUUAAGCUGCGACGGUGGUGGAUCAGGGCACGAGUCGCUGUCGAGAGUCGCCGACGAGUGCCGGCGUCUUUUGGAAAGAAUGACUUUUAUUUCAAAUAAUGGCAAAGAAGACGAGCCACUACGGAGACAAUGUCCACCUCCUAGCAAAUGCAUGGAUCUUUCAUCCUCCAUGUGUUCAAAAGUGUAA